AUGCACUGCCUCCACUAUCCACUCUCCCUUCCCCCCCUCCACCUCCCAUCCCAGUUGGCUUUUACCUUCCUGCCCUCCAAACUCAACACCUUCAGCCUGAAGCACAGCGCCUGUAGGAACAACAGAUACUCUUCCCAACACGGCACCGUCCACAAAACCUCAAUGCGACCAGAAGGAUUAAAACAUCGUUGCCAUCCUUUCGCCCCGGUCCAGCAGUUACACCCCCAGUUUACCAACUAUACCCACUGCAGACAUCACGCUAGCUCACUAGACUUCUACCCCCUGCAAUUUCCACCCCCCCCAUACCACACACCAACCCACAGGCAGACACGAAAGUUAAAUAUCACCCAACUGUACACCUAUCAGGGAUACACUCAGCUAGGUACAGCCUACACAUGCCCAGGGACGACACCUGUAGGAUACUGCAUCCAACCAACCACACGGUUGCCAUAUGUCAUAUCACUCUUUUAG